AUGGAGUUUAUUGAGCUAAUCAAAACUCCCAAGCACGACAAUGUGGUGAUGAUCGAUUCUUUCGGUCAGAAGAUGGAGGGAACACUCUGCAUCACCAGUCACCACUUGAUUAUCUCCUCGAGAAAUGACCAGCUGAAUGAGCUAUUUAUUCUACAUUCCAUGAUUGAUAUUGUAGAGAAGAAGGCAAACACUACUUCUAGUGGAGGAACCAUUGUGCUCAAGUGCAAAAACUUCCGAACACUAACCUUUGAAAUUAUUGGCUUUAUUGAAUUCAACAACAUUGCCUCCUCAAUUGAGUGGCUCUCCAACUUAAGUGAUCCUCGUCUACUGUAUCCACAUUUCUACAAUCCUGAAUUCAAUCUGGUUGAGGAUGGAUGGACCGCUUUUCAGAUUGAAUCGGAGUUUGCUAAUCUCACUAACUUUAGUGACGAGUGGCGUAUCUCGACAGUCAACAAAAACUUUGAUAUUUGCCCAACAUAUCCUGAGUCUGUGAUUGUUCCCAAGUCUAUGUCUGAUGAGAACCUGAUUGCCAUUGCUCAGUUUCGUUGUCUUGGAAGAUUUCCAGUUCUUAGUUAUUAUCACAAGUCUAAAAAGGUAAUUUUGCUUAGAAGUGGCCAGCCAAUGGUGGGCAGUAACUCGAAACGAUGCAAAGAAGACGAGCGAUUGAUAAACACAGUCCUUGGUGCAGGCCGACGGGGAUAUAUCAUUGAAACAAGGACGCAAAACUUGGCACAGCUUGCUCGAAACAAAGGAGGCGGUUUUGAGCUGGAAAUGUACUACCCACUUUGGAAACGUGUUCACAAACCCAUCGACAGACACUCUACUUUGAUGGACUGCUUGAGCAAACUGGUAGAAGUUUCCAACGACACUACACUUUCAAUGGACAAGUGGUUGUCCAAGCUUGACAGCUCAAGUUGGCUGUCGCACAUUAAGGAUGUCUUAAGCAGCGCUUGUCUUGUGGCUCAGUGCUUAGAUCAAGAAGAGGUCUCUGUGCUGGUGCACGGCGCCGAAGGAAUGGAUUCCACGCUGCAAGUCAGCUCUCUCAGUCAGGUCAUCCUCAACCCAGACUGUCGAACUGUGCACGGCUUUGAAGCACUAAUCGAAAGGGAAUGGCUCCAGGCGGGUCAUCCCUUUGCAACACGGUGUAAAGACAGCGCCUACAAACAGUCUAAUGUACGAACUCGAGAGCAGUCGCCCAUCUUCUUGGUCUUCCUUGACUGCGUCUUUCAGAUUUACAACCAGUUUUCCUGCUCCUUUGAGUUCAACGAGAACUUUCUCAUUCUGCUCUUUGACAACGCAUACUCCUCUCAAUUCGGCACCUUUCUGGGCAACUGUGUCAAGGAGAGGAAAGAGAUGAACUUUGCAAAGAAGACCGUGUCGCUGUGGUCCUAUGUGAAUCGUCCUGAAAUCUUGAAAGAGUACUUGAAUCCCCUGUACGAACCAAACAACUCUGUCCUCUGGCCAUCAGUGGCGCCGCAAUCUCUUGAACUCUGGAAGGGCAUGUACUGCCGCUGGGUGACAGACUCUGGCCCAGCCAAGAAGGCUCUUCAAAAGAUCAAAGAACUCAUUAGCGAAGAAGCUGAACUUAAAGCGAAGGCUGCCAAGCUACGACGAAGCUUAGCUUUGAUGAUUUCCCAAGAAGGAACUGCUUAA